CUCGAUAUCGCGUUUGGGUUUAAAUUCCCCACUCUUUUAAUCUCUCUCUCUCCAUCUACGUUCACGCUCCAAAAUGACCAAGCCUCUUUCCAAGGAUUUGUCCCACCACUUGUCGCUUGAAGCCCAGUCCCGUGGCGCUUCUUCCUUGAAGACUGCCUUCAAGUACUUUGGCCUUCCAGGCAUGGUUUUCCUCGGCGGUGGUUUGCCAUUAUCCGACUCCUUCCCAUUCGACUCUGUUUCUGUGGCGUCGCCAGCCGUACCUUUCGCCGCUGGGGUCUGUGCCAAGCCAUCUGGCUCCGAAGAGGACACCAUCAACUUCAAAAUCUCCAAGAGAGGUGAAGAAAACAAGUUCAAGACCGAAAUCCCGUUGUCCAGAUCCUUGCAGUACGGCUACACGGAGGGUCAGCCGGAGUUGGUUGAAUUCCUCAAGGAACAUACCGCAUUGAUCCAUCACCCACCUUAUGAGGACUGGAGUGUCAUUUCCACCGUCGGUAACACCCAGGCGUGGGACGCAGUCUUGAGAAACUUCACCACUAGAGGCGACUCCAUUUUGGUCGAGGAGUACACCUUCCCAUCGGCCUUGGAAGCCUCGCAUGCCCAGGGGAUCCACAACGUCCCGAUGAAGAUGGACGACUACGGUAUCGUGCCGGAGGCCUUGGAGCAGCAGUUGGCCCAGUGGGUCGGUGCCAAGCCAAAAUUCAUUUACACCAUCCCAACCGGCCAGAACCCAACCGGGUCCUCCUUGCCGGUUGACAGAAGAAAGGCUAUCUACGAGAUCUGCUGCAAGCACGACAUUCUCAUCAUCGAGGACGAACCAUACUACUUCUUGCAGAUGGAGGAGUACACCCAGGACGUGACCAAGCGUGUCGCCACCACCAAGUCCCGUGACGAGUUUGUCGGUGCCCUUGUUACCUCCUUCCUCUCCCUUGAUAUUGAGGGUAGAGUCUUGAGAUUGGACUCCUUCUCCAAGGUCUUGGCGCCUGGUACCAGAAUGGGUUGGAUCGUCGCCCAGAACCGCUUCAUCGAGCGUUUCUUGCGCAUCCACGAGGUCACCAUCCAGUGCCCAUCUGGGUUCACCCAGUCCAUCGUCAGCGGUACGUUGAACCGUUGGGGCCAGGACGGAUACCUCGACUGGUUGAUUGAGCUCAGAAAGGAUUACACCAGUAAGAGAGACGUCGCCAUCGACUCUGUCCACAAGUACUUCCCUAAGGCAGUGAUUUCUUUCGUACCACCAGUAGCUGGUAUGUUCUUCACCGUUGACUUUGACGCCUCCAAGCAUCCAAAGUUCGCUACUGAGUUCGGUUCCGACCCCCUCAAGGUCGAAAACGCCAUCUACGAGGCUGGGUUGAAGAACAACUGUUUGAUGAUUCCGGGCUCCUGGUUCAAGGUUGACGACAAUUCCGAACCACCACAACCGGCCCAAGAAGUCAGUGAGGCCGCCAAGAACACUAUUUUCUUCAGAGGCACCUACGCCGCCGUCCCUAUGGACCAGUUGGCCUUAGGCUUAAAGUCCUUCGGUGAAGCAGCCACCGCUGAAUUCGGGUUGUAAGUACAAACCCCCGGAGACAGUGAUGCAAAGUAUAAAAGGUUAGCUAGAUUAAUGGACGGA